AUGAAGAGCUGGCUCGGUGUUCGGUCUGCGGCCGUUUUGGGCGCAGGUAUCUUCCUGCAGCUUGCUAAUGCCCAUAAUGCGGAGUGCCCUCAUCCCGCGGAGAUUGUGAUACACCACCCAGCGGAAUAUGUGUGUUGUGGUAAAACUACUUCCACUAUUUUUGCUCAGACUACGAUGGAGUGCUCAGGAGUCCCAGCUUACGUGACGCCUGGAGUUCCCAUCCCGGAAGGAAAUUGUGUGACCACUACAAAGUCGUGGGAUGGCCCUACGACUGAGACGAUUACAAUUCUACCUUCUGGCUGGGGCCCGACUACCAAGAUUGUGAAAAUCCCAGGAUGGAACCCAGACUGCAUUACGACUACCAUGUCUUGGACUGGCACUACGACUAAGACGGUGACAAUCCCACCUGCCCAAAGUAAAGGGCCAAGCACCGUCGUCGUAAAGACUCCCUGCGAUGAGUCUAGAUAUGUUACCAAAACUGCUCCCUGGGCCGGAAGUACUGCUACUACCUUCACCGUCCCCCCUCACAGAGGCGAGCCUGGCGCGGUUGUGAUCAAGACGCCUCACAGCGGAUAUGUCACCAAGACUGUUCCUUGGGGUGGCAGCAAAACAGUCACAUAUACCGUGCCUCCCAAAGGAACUGACUGCGGCGAAGUCAUCGUGAAGAAUCCUGUAAAGUACAUUACAGAGACCAUUUACUGGACUGGCACCAAGACGGAGACGUACACCAUACCGGGGUUUGGAACUAGACCUGUCUACAUCAACUCAUGGCCACUCUUCCUCUCAUGGAAUCAGCACAUCUCAUGGAUCUAUGUCGACUCAUGGGGUCUCUACAUUGCAUAG